UUCGGUUUAAUCGGUUAUAUACCAAACCAUAUCCAAAUUCUACGGUUUUUAUAAAAUUAUAUCCAUUCGGUUUAUAUGAUAUAUACCAAAACCAAACCAUAUUGUCUAUUUCGGUUCGGUUCGGUUCGGUACGGUUCGGUUUUACCAUAUUGAACAGUCCUAGUUCUCAUCAUGUCUCUUUUCGGCCUGCUUUAUGUGUCGCUGAUAACGGGCCGAACUGAAAUUUAGUCAAGUCUAACUCGAACAACUUUUAAGCAAAAUGAAUUUGAAUCGUGGAAACCAAUCCAUCUCCAAUGGUUCAUGGUAUUUAUUCCAAAGAUAUUAUAUUUUAGAGUGAAAAAUAAAGUAGUAAAUGAAAAAACAAUUUUAAACUUAGUAAAAAAUAAACUAUUUUUAAAGUAUUUUUACUAUAAAUUAUAUUUUAAAUUAAUAAAUAGAGUGAAAUUGAAAAUAUCCUUAUAAUAAAUUUUUCUAUGAAACCAUUUCUCGUGUGAAUGAAUCAGAUACGUGGAAUUUUUUUUUUUUAAUACUUAUGACUGAACAUAUACAAUAUUUAAGGUCACAUACAUUACAUGAUAUUUCAUCCAUUUCAGUGUAGUUAUCGUUGUAAAAUAAAAUUUUCGUUUUAAAAUAUGUGUCGUUCUAUAAUUUCAAUGCAAAAUUUGUUGACUUUAUAUUCUAUUCUAUUUUUUUAUUGGUUGAAAUGUGGUUAGAUGUAUUGGUAAUGAUGUUUUCAUUUAGUAAAUAUACAAAUUUAAAUAUUUCUUAAUCUGUGUGCACAAAUCUAAAACGACAAUUAAAAUGAAACGUAUGAAAUUAUUUUUUUAACCAAGAUUUUCAGUAGUUAACUAUCAAGCUAUUAAAAUGUGAUUAAGACCUGACUGUUUUAAAAGGCAUUUUAAUUUAAAGAUAUAAGUGAUUAAGACCUGACUAUUUUAAAAGGCAUUUUAAUUGUUUUAGUUGGCUAUUCUAUUUCUGAAACAGCGUGGUACAUCAAGUUGACCAAUAAAUAAACAUAUAGAUAUGAACUCACUUCGAAUAAAAUCACAUCUAGUAUAAGAUAAUAUAAAGCUUAAAAAAAUGUAACAAACAUUUUCAAACUGAUAAGCAUUUGAAAGAAACUCUAUUUCUGUAACUAUUGUGAGCUUUCAAAAAUAUAACCUGAAAUAACUAUCCUAACUGUUUGAAGGUCAUGGAGAUGAUGUUAAGAGAGAGUGUACAUCCCGUGUGUAUCUAUCUAUAGAUAGUCUUGUGUAUCUUUGAAGGACAAAAAUAAAUCUAUUUUAAGACCAGUUCAACAGAAAACUGGUGCAGACCACGAUCAGUACAGUUGUAAUGAAAUUUUCUAAAAUGGCAACCACUCCUUUUUCUUUAAGAACCAGUCAUUAUUUCCUUCUCUAAACCCUAAUCUCUUCUUCUCUAUAAACUCAUCUUUUAGCUCUUGUUCUCAAUCAUCCUCUUUUUCAAAGCUUCCUAGCUAAUAAACCCCAAUAAAGAGAUGGAUCAAACAGAACUUUCCCGGAUAUUCCAAAUGUUCGACAGGAACGGUGACGGCAAAAUCACCAAACAAGAGCUGAACGAUUCGUUAGAGAAUCUCGGAAUCUACAUCCCGGACAAAGACUUGGUGCAGAUGAUCGAGAAGAUUGAUCUCAACGGCGACGGGUACGUGGACAUCGAAGAGUUUGGAGGGCUGUACCAGUCGAUCAUGGACGAUAGAGACGAGGAGGAAGACAUCAUAGAGGCUUUCAACGUGUUUGAUCAGAACCGAGACGGGUUCAUCACGGUGGAAGAGCUGAGAUCCGUGUUAUCUUCCUUGGGGCUCAAGCAAGGAAGAACACUAGAGGAUUGUAAGAGGAUGAUAAGCAAAGUGGAUGUUGAUGGAGAUGGGAUGGUGAAUUUUAAAGAGUUUAAGCAAAUGAUGAAAGGUGGUGGAUUUGCUGCCUUAGAAUCAAGCUUGUAAAACAAACAAACAAAACCCAUUUUUGGGUUAGGGUUUGAGAUCAACAUCAUUG